UAAAUCUUUUUCAAGUAUAAUAUUUAUUACAAUGGAAACUCCUAUAGUUAAAUUAACUAAAGAUGAUUUAGAGAAGGUCUAUGAACCUUCAGAAGAUUCUUUUUUGCUGAUAGACAGUCUAGAAGCUGAUUUGAAUAAUUUAAAGGCAUUGAAGCCCAUGAUGUGUAUGGAAAUCGGUAGUGGAUCAGGUAUUGUGAUAACUGCUCUGGCAUUAGCAUCACAGAAAGAGUGGUUUUCACAUUUUAUUGCUAUUGAUGUGAAUCCAGAUGCUUGUAGAGUAACGAAAAAUACCAGUGUAAUCAAUCGAACGAGUAUUGAUAUUAUUCAAAUGGAUUUAACAUCUGCUUUUCAAUCACGACAUAUCUUUGACUUAAUAAUAUUCAAUCCACCUUACGUCAUCACAGAAACAAUUGAAAUCGAAGAUAAAAAUUUAAUUACUAAGUCGUGGGCUGGUGGAAAAAAUGGUCGAGAAGUGAUGGACAGAGUUAUUCCACUAAUUCCUGAAUUGUUGUCUAAAAAUGGUAUUUUUUAUUUAGUAGCUAUUAAAGAGAAUAAUAUUGAAAACAUAAUAAAAAUUUUGGAGCAUUUAAAUAUGACAGGGAAAGUAAUAGGUGAACGGAAGGUUCGUGGUGAACAUUUAUAUGUUAUUAAAUUUGUUAAAAAAUAAAGUACUUGAUUUAUAAAUCAAUAAAUCAUUUUUAGUGUUAAAAAA